GCCCCCCUCCCCAGCUUCUCUUGGCCGUCCCGACCCUCCUACCGGCUGAGAACUGCGGCCGAGCCACAGCCGAAGGCAAGCCCGAGCGCUGCCAUUCCGGACUCCGCGCCGCCGGCCUCCGGCCCGCGAGCGGCGGGCAUGCUGGCAUGGCAGGACGGCGGGGCCAAGGCGGCUCCCUCCCACCACAAAAUCUCCUUCUCGGUUCUGGACAUCCUGGACCCUCAGAAAUUCACCCGCGCUGCGCUCCCAGCCGUGCGCCCUGCUCCCCGGGAAGCCAAGAAAAGUUUGGCAGAGGCCGAAGCAAGGAAGGACUCCAGCCGAGACCCGGCCCGGCAGCGAGAGACGCCUGAUGCUGCGGGCCGAGGCGCCGGCUUGGCGUCCCCCCUGGAGGGCUCUGAGGCGGAGGAGGCGGAGGACGAGGACUUGGAGGACGCAGGGCGGCGGCAGCUGCGGGAGCGGACUGCGCGCCUGCAGGAGGCCCGGACGCGCUCCCCCGAGGCCCGGGCCGCGGCAUCGGCGGCGGGAGAGAGCAGCGCGGGCGGCCUCGCGGGCUCCCCGGGCUCGCCGGGCUCCCCGCGGCCCCGGCGCCGGCGCUCAGAGCCCAGCUGCUCCAAGCCGCGGCGCGCGCGCACCGCCUUCACGUACGAGCAGCUGGUAGCCUUGGAGAACAAGUUCCGGGCCACGCGCUACCUGUCUGUGUGCGAGCGCCUGAACCUCGCGCUAUCGCUUAGCCUCACUGAGACGCAGGUCAAAAUUUGGUUCCAGAACCGCAGGACCAAGUGGAAGAAGCAGAACCCCGGCGCUGAAGGCGCGGCGCAGGCGGGAGUUGGCGCGCCCCAGCCUGGGACUUCGGCGGGGGCGGGCGGCGGCGGCGGCGGCAGCGGCGGCGCGGGGGCCAGCCCGGGUCAGCUGGGCCCGGCCGCGCAUCCUUUCCAGACUUUCCCCUCCUACUCGGCGGCCAACGUCCUCUUCCCGGCCGCCGCCUCCUUCCCACUGACGGCCACCGCCGCCAGGGGCUCCUUUGCGCCCUUCCUCGGGCCCUCCUACCUGACCCCUUUCUACGCCCCACAUCUAUGAACCCGGAGCCCCUCGGGCCCCACUUCGUCCGGAUUCACGAGUGAUUGGCGUGGACUUGUGGUCCCCACCCCACGGAGGGGCGCCAACGCGCAGGGACUGCCCCCUCCUGGUGCGCGGGUGUCUGCGCGCCCCCUUCCCUUCCCGCUGCCGGGAGGCGCCGCCAGAGGGCAGGGAGAGGCCGCCUGCCGACUCCCCGCCGCGCGCCUCCCUGCCUAGCUGAACCCUGGAAUUCACGCGGUCCACUAAAGGGGGUCAAGGAUCUGCCAUCUUUAAAAGUGUCCGGAGACGGAGGCUGUCCUUAAACCUUCCCGUUUCUGGACCUUGUUCUUCACUUUCGGUCAGGCUUAAUUCAGUUCAAGGGUUCUUUCUGAGGGUCUGGGUGUUCGGCGGCGCGGGGCUAACCCAGCGGCGGGGAUGGUGUCCAGAGGGAGACAAGACCCGCCCUCCAGCUGCUCACACCUAGGAUGGAAUCUUGAAAGGCUGUGGCUCACUCGGAGGGUAAGGAGCUUUCCCUUUUCACAGCUGAUUGUUUCCCAUUUCAUACUCGAUUACUGGCCCAAAUCCAGCGAUUCCUUCCAAAUACCGAACAAAGUUGGAGAAAGCUGAGUCUGUGAGCGCACACUGCCGCCGUGAAAUGGACUACAUUUUAAAUGCAUAAUACUCUACAUUUUUAGGUCUUCGUUUAAGGUUAGGACUUGAGCGCAACUCUCAUUCCAAACAGUCUCUCCACAGGCUAUUCCUGAGAAAAUGUGUACCUGAUUUUCCGGAGGAGACCGGAAGUUCUUUUGGGAAAUGCAACAGCUUUAUUGCUAGACUUGCCAGCUGAAGUACACGCACUUCCACAUCAUUGCAAGUUUUCUUUUUUU